GAGGGAACACGGUGCUGUCCGCUUUUCCAUCGUUCGUUCACGGGGGCCAAAACGCACCGGAGUGCCGCUCAGUCAUUCGGAAGAUCCUGCGAAUACUAGUCGCGGUUUCUGUGUCGCACAUCUGCUUUCCACGCACCUUCGUUGUUACUCUUCGUUCUUACUUACUUAGAAAAGACGAUCGAAAUAAAAACAAUAAUUUAAAGUUAACGACGAUUAUCCAACCGGACAGAAACUCAAGAAAAAUCAUGCGCGACCGCAAUGGAACGGUGAUUGGAAUUAUUUUUCUCUUGGCCGCAAUUAAUCACUUGGGGACGAUCGUGAGCUCGGCGUCGAUCGUCAGGAGUUUCAAACUCGGGGACCGAUGCUCGAGGGACGCGGAAUGCGAGUCGAGCAUCGAGGGUAGCCAGUGUCAGCGCGGUCACUGUCGCUGCUUACCCUUUUACGCCGCGUACAACGGGACGCAAUGUUUAGAGGCGACUCUUCUCGGGCAGGAGUGUCUCGUACACGAGCAAUGCACGCUGAAAGUGGCGAACAGCGCGUGUCUCGAUGGUCUCUGCGGCUGCAAGGACGGUUUCCUUCAGUUUCGCCGACACACUUGCCUGAGCCCGGCGAAACUCGGCCAAGUUUGUUACGAGCACGCCCACUGCCGACUCUGGCAGGAGGACUCGCACUGCGACUUCCUGAUUCCGAAUCUGUUCGGCCGAUGCCAAUGCACCGCGCCUAUGCGUCGCGAGGGCGACGUCUGCCGACCGGACGAUCUGGUGAGGCCGGCACCGCUCUUCGAUCACGUCCACACGGAACCGCAAUUCAUCGAACAGACCACGUAUACGACGACGGACGAAGGAACAGGAGUGGAUGUAUCUUGGCUGAAAAAUGGUACCACGCAAUCGAUACCGUUCAUCUCUACUGAUAUGAUCACUGGCUCAAAUUCAAUCGACUCUCAGACAAUCGGUGUAGAACAAGACGGAGACGAUGCCGUCGUCAUCGACGCUGUCACUGAAACCGCAAACGACACAUCAAUACUAUCAUUGUCACCCACGAAGACGGACCGACACGAAGUGACGCCGGUCAGCCUGGGUCUCGAUUGCGUUUCGGAUCUCGAGUGCCGACUGGCCGAUCCCUCUUCGCGGUGCAUCGACGGUGUAUGCGACUGCGGGUACCGAGGAAACGCGAGCUGUUCAGCCAAGAGCACCGGGUGUACGCCGGGCACUUUUCAAUGCAGGAGCUCCGGAGCGUGCAUCAGCUGGUUCUUCGUCUGCGACGGUCGACCGGAUUGCAGCGACGGUUCGGACGAGCAGUGCUCCGAAAACGAGACCAAGUGUCCGGAGCAGGCGUUCGUUUGCGAGAAGAGCAAAGUGUGCGUAUCGAGAGCGAUGGUGUGCGACGGGAAGCGGGAUUGCCCGUACGGCGAAGACGAAGUCGGAUGCAACGAUCGACGAAGAUGCCCGGAGGGCGCGUUCAGGUGUAAUAAUGGCCAGUGCUUGCCGGCGUACGAGUUUUGCAACGCGGUGGUGUCCUGCCGCGACGGAAGCGACGAACCGAGGGGAGCUUGCCGGACGCCGCGUACUGGGAAUCGCAGGAGAGUCGCCACGAGGUAUUGUCCGUUCAGGUGUGAGAAUGGUAGAUGUCGAUCGGACGCGAUCGUUUGCAGCGGCCGCGACGGCUGCGGCGAUGGUUCCGACGAGAAAGGCUGCUCCGUUUGCAGAUGUUCGCAGUUCCCUUAACCGACUCGAGGUAGGAUCGCGCGAUUGUUCCGGCCAGGGGAAAGGGUUCAAGGAGUUUGAGACGCUCUUCCCAUGGAAGAGCAGUUAUGAAAAUUACCCAACGAUGAAAAGAGAACGAUCAGAUUUUCGUUCAAUGCCUCUCAUCCAUACGUCAUCCUUUUGUAUCUCUUUUUUGAUACGCGACUCGAAUAAACGUACGAAAGCAAA